AGGCACCAAAUCCGCGUAUAAUAGGCACAAUACUCGAUGAAUGGAUGCCCACUCGACUGAAUUGAUAAGUGGGUUGUACCGCUCGCGUGGGGAGCGCGUGUGUCCGCCCGCCCGCCUUGCCACAGGAGAAACUUGCCGCGCUGUAUUACAUGCCUACAUCGUCGAGGUCUCACAGAGACAAUGUUUGUGAGUAUUACAUCUAACUCCGUAUACUACUAUUUAGGCCGUAUACAGUAUAUUAGUAAAGCAUGCUCAUAUAACUUUAGCACAUAAGUCACUGUGAUCCUGUGUGCCACCGGCUUGAUCUUGUACCUUGUGUCCACUGUGCUCAAUUAAGUAUUUAUCUAUCUUCAUUAUCAAACGGGGAGCGCCAAUUUUCAGUAACAUAGUUGGCUGGACCACAGCGAUACAGAUCACUAUGUUAGUCUAACAGAAAUCUCAAGUGAAGCGUAGGUGCUCAGUUCAUUUUAAGGUGGAUGUACCUCUGACUAGCCCUAUUGGGAGAGUUGUCGUGAUCUUAUGUUAUGUUAUAACUUUAGAGCAUUUUUAACGUCGAAAGAUACGGAUGCGUAGCAAUUGAGCAGGAUGGGAACGAGAUGACCGUACGGAGCGUUUACGAAUUGCUAUGAGUUGCCUUAGCAAUGUACGAUGCUGAUCUAGCUUACGAAGUUCUAUAGGAAUGAAUACAAGCAUGAAAUCCUGAUGUAUCUGUUCCAGUUUACACGCAGCUUUAAGGGGUUAUUUUAAGUGUCGCAUCUACUCACAAGACUAGUCUAUGUCAGGUCAGUGUCGGCGGCGGCGGCGCGCUCUGUGUUCGUCCUGACCAGUGGCCGCGCGCGGCCUGCAUUCUGUCGCAGACGCACCAGCGAACCGGAGCUCUCACGCUCCCCAAACUCACUUCCCGCCAAAUAUCUCGCGCCAUUUUUCUCAACUUUUUACUUUUUAAAAGUGCAAUUUCAUCACACACACCAGCCAGCAUCCCAAUUUUUUUGAAGUGGAGAACUAUUUUUAAAAUAAUUUUGUGAUGCGUUAUUUUGUUGUGAUUUUUAUUUUGUUCUUUGUGUUUUUGCCGAAAUCGACUGAGGCGAUCCGAUGGCUAGCAUUGCACGAAAGCGAAGGUAACUGGACGGAGAGUGAUUGUGGCGAGGCUCGUCGCAGUGGAGUGCUAUGGGGCGGGCAGGCGCGCGCGUGCCGCCGGCAACCGUCAGCGAUGCCGCACGUAGCCGCCGCCGCGCGCCUCGCCCGCUCCGCUUGCCUCGCCGCGCACGCUGGCGACCGGUGGAAUUGCUCCUCUAUCGAACUGGCGCCCAGGUUCAGCCCUGACUUACUUACAGGGACACGUGAGCAAGCCUACGUAUACGCGAUGUCAGCAGCGGCACUGGCAUGGUCGGUGGCCCGCGCCUGCGCAUCGGGCGCGCUGCCGGCCUGCUCGUGCGCCGCCCCGCCGCGAGCGCCGCCGCGCCCGCCGAGACAGGCGCGCGUCACGCCCGCCGAGCCACACGCUCGGUUCAAGUGGGGCGGCUGCGGUGACAACUUCCAGUGGGCUGAGAGAUUCGCCAAACAAUUUCUGGAUACACACGAGAUAGACAUGCGAGAUGGCAAGAUUGAAAACUUUAUCGACUUGGAAACAACGACUACAGAACUACCGACAACGACCACCACACUCGAACCGACGACUUCUCCACCAGUAGUUAUCCUGGUGGACGACCAGCCGGCUCCGGCCAACACCAGUGCAGCACCGAAGAAGGGACGCAAGGGCCGCAGGGGAAGGAAGAGGUUGCCGCGAUCUCCGCGCCGCGGCAGACCCACCAGAAAAAGGUUCAGAUCAAGAUACGAGUACGAAGACAGAGGAUCUCGCUACCGUAACAUCGAGUACCGUAUGGCGGCGGACGACCCGCGGUUCGAUCCUCAAGUGGACCUGCGCACGCGGCUCGAACGUCUGCGGCCACUCAUUGCCUCCGCUAAUCUCAUUAAUGUGCGCUUCGGUCGGAAGCUGAUAUCAUCCGGGAUGCGAACGAAGUGUACGUGUCAUGGCGUGUCUGGCUCGUGUUCGGUGCGGACGUGCUGGCGCGCGUUGCCACCGCUGCCGCGCGUGGCGGCGGCGCUCGCCGUGGAGACGGAGCGCGCCGGGCCGCUGCGACCGCGCCGGCAAGCGCGGCGGAACAAGCCCAGACUGAGAUACGUCACGCCCAGUCCCGACUAUUGCGAGCCCGACUCCGCUGCUGGCUCGCUUGGGACGCACGGCAGGAGAUGCAACGCCAGCCUGGGCAGCAGCGUGGGCGGGUGCGGGCGGCUGUGCUGCGGGCGCGGGCGCCGCCUCGUGCGCUCCAGUCGCCUGGAGCGCUGCCACUGCCGCUACCACUGGUGCUGCCGCGUCGACUGCCAGCUGUGCCGGCUCACCUCCGAAGAACACUACUGUAACUGAACGCAUUCAAAGAGAACAUAGACUUGUCCUCUGUUCCCCCAGAAAACUGCAAUUCCUUCCAUAUUUUUACAGUAAAAAGUUUGUUCUACUUUUUAAGCGUGGAUUUUAAGCACCUUGUGAAUCGUGCGCUCCUGCCGCCUCGAGCGCUGCCACUGCCGCUUCUAGUACUCCCACAUCGACUGCCCGCUAUGCCGGCUCACCUCUGAAGAACACUACUGCUAUUUAGAAUGUAGACUUUUCACGUGUCUUCCCAGCUUCCCUUAUUUACAAAAAAACGUGUGAUCGGUUUCGGUUUCUUAAGUUUUCUUGAAUUUUAGCAGUAUUUCUUAUUUACAAUAAGCGUCUUUGAUAAUUAUCGUCGGACCAUCAGUUUGAAAACUGUAGUCCGAUAUGCUGCGGGCGCAGGCGGUUACUAGUACGCCGCCUCUGCUCUGGCUAAAAAUUCACUAAACUUUUAGAUAGGAAACGUAGUUUUCACUUUCUCUUCUUCUCUCUUCCGCCAAAAAUGUCUGAUCGACACAAACCCAACUUUAUUUUUUCACGACUAGAAAGUUUGUUCUUUCUAAGCGUAGUUUUAUAUACCUUAUAGUAUAGGUAUAUAGCUGCAAAUGACUCUCACUCUGCCGGUAUAAUUACCAGUUUUUCUAAUCUUCAUAAAGGGUUCGGGUUAUCAGGUUGAAGAACCUUUUCUUUCAAGACUUUCAUUCAUUUUCCAUCAUUUCCUGUGUCGUCGUUGUCUACUUUGACGUCCAAGUUCAUAACAGUUGCAGAACCUUAUGGUAAAUAUCGACUUGUUGUGUUAAGUCGUAUUGUAUUUAUAGCCGCAUAAUUCUUAGCUUUCCCAUCGCUCGCCAAAACUCGAGAACAUUAGUAGCUCUUCCCAACUAUGACUGAUUUAUUUUCCCCUCAAAUGUAGGUACACUUAUAUUCUUUCUCUCUGUUGCCUCCUAUCAGUAGUUUUUAAGCUAAUGUUUAUUUUUCUACUAACACUCUGUGUUAAGUUGUAAUGGAACAUAACAAUAUGCCCAUUGUCGUUCUUUGUAUUCAAUAUUCUGUAGUAUUUUUGUAAAAUUCCUUCCGAAGUAUUUCACUGAUAUUUAUUUACGUCUUAGAAGUUCGUUGUAAAUAUUUUUAUAAGUUGUAAUGUAACCCUGUUCUUUUCGUUAUUAUAUUCUGUAUUGAAAAAAACAUGUCUCCAUAGUACAUAAUCAUACCAAAGAUGCAUGUAUAAUAAUUUAAAUCAGCAUAUAUGAACACCGAAACUAGUCAUUUUAGGUAAGCAAUAAGAGAUGUAAAAUAUUCUUCUUUAGCUCAUAAGAUGGUAGAAGUAAGGCUUGACGAUACCACCAAAAUAUAUAGCAAGCAGUAUUUAGAAAUAAUGUCGUUACACUUUUGAAUAUUGAAAAAUAAAAUAAUUAUUUAUUGAUGUCAAAGAACAUUCAUGAAAUCGUGUGUUGCUUCUUGAAAAUUUAAUUGCAAGUCAAAUACUGUAUAUUUGAACUUUCCUUAAAGUUCAGAUUAGUUAUGUAGAAGUACUCUUGACAAUAAUGUGUUGUAGUUUUAUAUACAGGGCGCUAUACAUAAGCUUCGCAACAAAUAAUUAUAUUACGUAGCAUGUAGUGUUCACGUUAGUUUUAGAAGUUUGAUGUAAAUAUUCCGAAUUUCUCCAAUUUAUAUAUUAGACUUUAGCGGUUUGUAAAGGUAUUCCUAAACGGGUUUCAGUUUUUGAAGAUUAACUUCAGGUGUUAAUAUUCGAGGCAAUAUAUUACUUGCCAUUUGCAUUAUUGUAUGAUUGAAAAGUGAAUUAAUUUAUUAUACAAGUUGUAUUGAAUAUAUUGCAAUGACUUUUAAACAUUUUUAUGGUCGAGCUUUAAAAAUAGUGUGUUAUCGUAGUUCCCUUUCAAAUUCAUUGUAAAUAAAUUUCGUACUUAGAGUUUGCUGUGUUUCCUUCGUAGACAUUUAAAAAAGCAUGGAAUAAAACCAAAUGUUAAUCUGAAGUAGUCAAUUUAUUUACAGGAAAUCGCUGUUAAGUAUAUAAACAAAGUUACUGUAGGCAUAAUGUCAUUAAACGUUGUAUUUCAUGUAAGAAGUAACUUUACCAGUAGUCAAUGAUCGAUUUUAAUAUCAGAGGAGUCACAAAUUCCAUCAUUGUUUACCGGUUUUACAGUUCACUAACAUCGGAGGAUGAGAUCUUAGUCGACCUUACAUUUAUAAUACAGAGGUUACAAGUAACAUAUUUAUAAACAAAUAGUGUGUAAAGUUACCUCAGUGACAUAGGCAGUACAAAACAAGUGCAACGUUUAGAACAUCCACGCAAUAUUAUAAAAAUAAGUCCUACCCGUGCUAUUAUCUUUACUUAAUAUAAUCAGCCAAAAAUCACAUAAUUUUCUCUUAAAUAUACUCGACAAGAAACAGGAAACUCUAUGAGUGAGCGUAAACAAGACUGGUACAUGAUUUUAAUAUACGUUCAUGGAGGCUCCUGACAAACUCGCUUACCACUAGUGGACGUAAUGCAGUAGAUUUUGUCAUUAUGGAUCAAUCAAACGGAUAAUUUCGUAUGGUUUUUAAGAUAUACAACGUAAGUAUAUCUAAAAUAGAAACUAAAGACGACCGCAACUAAAAUAAGUCAAGAAAAGGAAUGAACGAUUACGUAAAAAUGUUAAAUUAUUGAAAUCUCUACAACAACACACUUCCUCAGGUAAACGAAUUUGUCACGCCGCUAAUUAACACU